AUGGACGUUUUGGACGAAGACUACGGCACCACCGAGAAAGCGAAUUUCGUCUUUGGCAACAACGACGAAAACACGUACCAACUGGGACGAAUUGGAGAUCAUUUUGUUGUCAUCAACUGUCCCCGAACCGGAGAGUAUGGUCUGAUCAAGGCAUGCAAGACUGCUACUAGCAUGAAGAGCACCAUUCCGUGCAUCCGCUACAUUCUGCUCGUUGGAAUAGGCGGCGGAACUCCAACUACAAAUGUCGACAUCCGCUUAGGUGAUGUUGCCAUUGGCACAUCGGCCUUUCCAUACAUGAUGAGUAAGGUAAUGGGCUUUCGGAAGUUCAAACACACUGGGAACAAAGAGACUCCGCCUGCCGAGCUUCUGCGUGCGGUUACAGAACUGCAACGCCAAUUACGGCGUGGGACGUCACUGGAACAAAUCAUGGAUGGUAUGUUUGGCCAAAAGACUAAACUAAGAGAGAUAUACCCUCGUCCAUCAGAGGACUAUUUACUGAUGGGAGACUACUUCCAUAAAGAUGAAGGGUGA